CGUCAAGAAAGCUACCUUGACGCCGUUUGAGGCUAAACGUUCGUGCUAUUGAAGGGAGGUACUUGAUUAUGACGUUUUCAUGACGUAAGAGGGCACGCAAAAUCGCAAGAGUGUCGCAUAUUCCAGUCGGUAGUUAAUCGUUAGGAAGGGAUCUGAAGAAGUUACGAGCAAUCGUUGAUACAGAAAGUCUUGUGUGCAGACUCUUAAAAUGGCUGCUGAUAAUGGACAGAGAACAACAGAAGUUGUUCGGGGACAAGUAUUUGAAGUUGGACCACGAUACAGCUCAUUAUCGUAUAUCGGGGAAGGUGCAUAUGGAAUGGUAGUUUCUGCUGUGGAUAAUGUAACUAAAGAAAAAGUAGCAAUAAAGAAAAUUUCACCUUUUGAGCAUCAAACAUAUUGUCAAAGAACUUUGAGAGAAAUAAAGAUUCUCACAAGGUUUAAACAUGAAAAUAUAAUUGACAUAAGAGAUAUAUUAAGAGCUCCAACCAUUGACCAAAUGAAAGAUGUUUAUAUUGUUCAGUGUCUAAUGGAAACAGACCUUUAUAAACUUUUAAAGACACAAAAACUUGGAAAUGAUCAUAUCUGUUAUUUUUUAUACCAGAUUUUGAGAGGUUUAAAAUACAUUCACUCUGCAAAUGUAUUACAUCGAGAUUUGAAGCCUAGUAAUUUGUUGUUGAACACAACAUGUGACUUAAAGAUAUGUGAUUUUGGGUUAGCUCGAGUAGCAGAUCCAGAUCAUGAUCAUACCGGUCUUUUAACAGAAUAUGUUGCAACACGGUGGUAUCGAGCUCCUGAAAUAAUGUUAAAUAGUAAAGGUUAUACUAAGUCAAUUGAUGUAUGGUCAGUGGGUUGUUGUUUUGCUGAAAUGUUAUCAAGAAGACCCAUCUUUCCGGGGGCAAAUUAUCUUGACCAGUUAAAUCACAUCCUCAAUAUUGUUGGUUCUCCAUCGCAAGAAGAUAUGAAUUGCAUCAUCAAUGAAAAAGCUCGAACAUAUCUACAGUCUUUACCUAGGAAACCCAAGGUUCCAUGGACAAGUCUUUAUCCAAAUGCUAAUGUCCAAGCUUUGGAUUUGCUAGAUAAGAUGUUAACUUUCAACCCUCAUAAGAGAGUUACAGUUGAAGAUGCACUAGGGCAUCCAUACUUCACAGAAUAUUAUGACCCAGAUGAUGAGCCUGUUGCAGAGGAGCCCUUCAAGUUUGAAAUGGAACUAGAUGAUUUACCCAAAGAGAGGUUAAAGGAGCUUGUUUUUGAAGAAACUGUAGCCUUCCAACAGAGAAUGCAAAUGGAACACCCACAAUAGGUGUACACUUUAUUG